CAUCGCCAGCACCAGGAACGGUUCCUCGGAGGUUCAGCUCGGUUUUGGUAGCGUUUCGCCGGGAGUUGUAGGCUCUCUCUCAUCUAGUGACCGUAUCGCGCGCGUCCAGGUGUGUACGCGUGUGUGGUUGUGUACGUGCGUGUAUUCCAGCUGGGACCGGUUUAGUGGAGAGGAUUCUCGACCUUCCAGCUUCCACCUACACGCCGACGACGAUUCUUCAUCUUCUUGCGGCUGUGUGCCCAGAAUCUAUUGAUUCGGCUGGGACAGGCCCCCCUUUGAGAAUUCUGAAAAGUGGUGUACCCGGUGCAGGUGUGUUGGUGUGCGACGAGCCCUUCCGGCAAAGGGCCCGGCUUGUGAUUGUGUGCGUGUGCCGAAACGUUGGGCCGGAAGAAACACGGCAGGAUUCUGCUGAAAGUGGUGUUUUGUUUACGGAUGUUGGCUACCGACAGGAAGAAGAUUCUGCAAACGUGCGUGUGUAGUGGUGCGAAUCAAGUGUAAUCGAAGAAGUGAAGAAUCUGCGAGUUGUUCGCGAGUUUGGUGAAUAACAUUGUGCGAAGAUUUAAUUAAAAUAUUUCGGAUGUUUGGUUUGGAGAGGAAGUGGUGAAGUCGGAGUAGGCGCUGAAAUAAUUACCCCAGAGAGGAAGAUCAACAACCGUAGCGUCAACAUCAGCAGCAAAGAACCAAAGUGAGCGUCGACUUGUUGUGCUACAGCAACUCCAGCAACAGCAGCAGCCGAUUAAAGCUGCCUGAUUGCUUGGAUCUAACGGAACCAUCGCGGGGUCGUUUCUUCAAGCCGUUUGCCGAAUUGAUAUCGAUUCCACUGGAGAGAGCAGCAGCUCAAAGCUAAAAGAUAUUCCUAAUUGCUGACCAUCGACGAGAUCUCAUCAGAAACAGUGUUCCAGCAGAACCCCAAAGAUCACACGACUCAUGACCGCAGGGCUGUGCAUUUUACAACGAAUCCAUCGACCAAUCCCUUAAGAAAGAAACAAAGCAUAAAGUGGGGUAGCCAGAGCGCCAGAAAUCAUGGCGGAAUCUAGUGUAAAGUGAGAGAAGUGUGUUUUAAAACCCAGGAUAAAAUAGUGUGUUUCUUUUUUGUGAAAACUAAACCGGUGUGAGUGAUUUUUGAAACAAGUGAUAUCAAUAGUUAAGAGUGGAGGCUGGAGUAUUCUUAGGAAGCAACCAAUCCACACAGGAGCAACCACAAUGAAUUUACGGCAUCAGGAAUACACGGCGUGUGUCGUGUUACUUUUAAGUACCAUCAUCAGUAUUACCCUCGGACAGCAGGACUUCCAGUUCGCUAGCGAAAAGGAGGAGGAGGUGCAGCCAAUGCUAGCGGAACCACUAGACGUAGUUAGUAAAGCACAACCCAUCAAAUCAAUCUACUCCAAGGAAAAGACGCAAUGUGCCCCCGGCCAGGGCCAGAUUAUGUUGUCGCUGGUGCUGCGGUCGCACAGCUGGGACGAGCUCGUCGAGAAGAAGCGUCAAAAGGCCGUCAACAAACUGUCCAAGUUCUUCCUGGUACCGAAGGAAAACUUCCUCAUCGACGACAUCAACCGGGCCGAAAUACACGAGAUGGCAACGAGUGCGAUCCGGCGAGGUCGCAACAGCCUGAGCAGCAGCUCCAAGCGGAAGCUGGGCCGGAUUGGAUUUUUGGUCGGCUGCGGCAAGACGGUGUUCCCCAGCGAGAAGCUGAUUGUCAACAGGAUUGCGCAGCAGAUGAAGGAAAAAGCGCUGGAUGACAUCUCGGGGCUGGAGUUUGGUUGGUGGUCCGUUUGGACGCGACACGUUGGCGCUGCGGAGAAGGGCAAACCAAGACGGGUUAAGCGGCAGAACGACGAGUACGAGGGGGACGAUGACGAAGACUAUGAUUACAACUACGAUGAUGAUGAUGAGAGUGAACCAACUGAGGUACCCCAACAUGCCCAUCGCCACCACCACGGUGAUAGCUCGACAACGCCCGACGACGAAGAUCAGCCAGUGUUGCCAGCAUCGCCGAGCAGCAGUGCCAUGCCUUCCAUUUCGAUCGCCGGCAUCCAGCCGGAAGAUGGCCGCCAUCACGUUGCCACGACAACCUCAACCGUGCGACUGUUUGGCGAAGAAAUCGCCCGAAACGAAGUGCUCGAGGAGGAGGACGAAGAAGAGGAAGCCAACGAAGACGAAGAGUACGGAGAUACGGUCAUAAUCACGGAGCUGCCCAACUCGGUGGCUCCAGUGGCCGCCGGCAUUCCCACCAGCACGGUGGUGCCAACCACGGUUGUCAUGGAGACGGAGCCGACAACGACGGUCGCCACGACGCCUACUACGAGUAGCACAACCACGACAACAACAACAACAUUGCCACCCCCAACAACAACAACACCAUCAACAACAACAACAGUAGAAACAGUCACAGAGUCAGAGAUACCGCUCGAACCGGAAACAGUGGCGCCACGUGUGGCGUUUGUGGAAACUACCACCGCAAACAGUGCCGCCGGCAGCAGCAGCAGUGUUAGUGUGUUUGAAACUAGCAACACUGCUACCACUACUACCACAGAACCGAAGGUCACCACCACACCGCCAACCGUAAGUAGCUCGCCGAUGGUGAACCCGCCGAAGCAGGAGAAGGAAGACUACGAAAACUACGACGACGAGUACGACGAUGAGCUGGACGAGGAACCGACGACGGCGGCGACCGUGCCGGCCCAGUCCGGCAAUGUGGUGCCACCGGUCGUCACGGAGCCCUCAACGACGGAAGCCACGCCCUCGAGUCCAGCUCCCACAACCGUCCCAACAACGGUUCCCACAACGGAAGCCACCACUCCGUCCUCAACCAGCACGACGACAACGACCACAACCACAACGACCACCACGCCAGCCCCCACGACCACAACUCCCGCUCCGACCACUUCCACCUCAACGCAACCUUCCACGACGGAGCUGGACGAACCCUCGAACCUGUUCCCGAUCAUCAAGAACCGCAUCCCCAAGCAGGCAAUCAUCGCCGGAAAGGUGUUCAACUUGCCGGUUGCACUGGACACGUUCUUGGAUACUGAAGAUGGCAACAACUUGAGGUUGGAGAUGUUCGACUCGCACGGAUAUCCGCUCAAGACCAACUCGUGGUUGCAGUUCAACGUUGAGGGUCGGGAGAUCUACGGGUUGCCGCUGGAGAAGGACGUCUCCAAGUGGCACUACAUUCUGAGGGCUACCGAUUCCGGCGAGCAGUCGGUCAACGAAACCGUUGAUAUUUCCGUGCAGCAGCACAAGUCCCACCGAAGUGUGAACCACGAGAUCAGCUUGGCACUCCGACUGCAGCGCAAGUUCCCGCGCAACGUGGAUUGGCAGAUCAAGGUGAUUCGUGGAAUCGCCGAAGUGCUGGGAGAUGCCACGCUGUCGCACGUUGUCGUCCGUGAGGUGCGUAACAGCAUCCAGGAUCCGAACCUGGCGACCUUUGUCUUUACCAACGAAACCCUGCCGAAGGAUCGCUGCCCGGAGGAGGAACUCGACAAACUGGUGGCGAAACUUACCGAGAAAGCGCUCAACGAUGUGUAUCAGGAUGAAAUCCUGGUCAAGUCGGUCCAAGGUGCCCAGAUUGGCCAGUGUCUGAAGCCUACGAUCCCGAAGGUGAAGCCUACGCAGACCAUCGCCACGAAGAACUUUGCGCCGACCACGCGCAACCAGGUCGAUCGGGUCAACGCCACCGUGGGUCACCUGCUCGUGUACAAGGUUCCGGCGGACACCUUCUACGAUCCGGAGGACGGUAAUGAUCUUAAGCUGAAGCUGCUGACGACGGAGCGAAAUCCGCUGGAGCAGUUCCACUGGUUGCAGUUUGACGCGAAGAACCACGAGUUCUUCGGCGUGCCCCGGACGGCGGAUAUGGGACAGAAGGAGUACCUGCUGAUGGCCGAAGAUCGUGAAGGUCUCACCGCCACGGACGCCCUUGUCGUGGUUGUCCACCAGGCCCACAUCAAGCGCGACUACAGCGUACUGUUCGAACUGACCUUGGAAACGCCCCAGGAGCAGUUCAGCAUCGCCAGCGCCCAGCGUCGCUUCAUCGAACGACUCGCGCAAGUGUUUGGAGACGCCAACACUAACUUUAUCCAGAUUAGAAACGUCCGAACUAUCCACCACACCGGCAAUGUCCAGGUUACGUUCUUCAACACGACCCUCUAUCGACAACAUCAACGCUGUCCGGACGAGGAGAUUGAAACGCUGCGCAACAUUCUGCUCUACCCUGACGGGACGAUCCGUGCCAAGGUACGAGAAAUCCUAGGUCAAGAGUUUGGCCUGCUAAACGUGUCGCUCAUUCCGGUGGGAACCUGCCAGGGUUACGACACGCCGAUCCACGCGACCAACGAGCCCGAAAAGGCUGCCCCGCCGCCAAUCGCCAAGGACGACUACCUGCUCACGUUCGUCCUACCCGCGGUCAUCAUCCUAGCAAUGCUCCUGAUCGCGUCCAUCAUCGCGUGCAUCCUCUACCGGCGACGGCUGACCGGCAAGAUGGAACUCGAAUAUAUCAACUUCCAACCCCUCGCAACGUCCGCUGGUCCUACUUCCGCCGUUGUUCCCAUUCUAGGCACCGACGAGGAGCGCAAAUCGUUCCGCACCAAGGGCAUCCCGGUGAUAUUCCAGGACGAGCUGGACGAGAAGCCGGAAAUCGGCAACAAGUCGCCGGUGAUACUCAAGGACGAGAAGCCGCCGCUGCUGCCGCCGUCCUACAGCAGCACCAACAAUGAAGGUGAAAACGAGGACGUCGACGAGUACGUGCCGCCGCCGGCCGUCGUCAUGGGCGGGCGCGAAUCGCGGGGCAAGUCGCCGGUGACCCCGUCCUACCGGAGGCCCCCGCCGUACGUGUCGCCCUAGAAGCGAGCACCCUCCACCACCACCCCUCGCAUCGGCAAUGGCCCCAACCACCAAAACAACUUCAACCCUGGCGGUGGUGGCGGAAAUCCCAGCUAGACUCCGGCAGAGUACGAGUUGACCGACAGGAGGCAGCAGCACUACGAUCGGAACGUGAGGUGGGUUUUCUAACGGGGUUGGAAUGGGGGGAGCGAAAGAGUCUUUCGAAAAGAUUUGAGGGUGGGGUGGGAAAAAUGUAUUUUUUUCGUAAAGUUGAUGAGAAGGGAGGAGAAUUUUUAGUCAUCCUAAUCGCUAAGAAAUCAAGUUAAUCAUUAUUGGAAGCAGACGCAGUUUUUUCUAGCACGUAAGCUUUACACGUUUCUAAAGUUUUUGAUUUACAUUUUAUGUUUUUAAAUAUCGUGAAACAAAAACGAACACGCAACAUUUUUCCUCCUUUUUUAGUUGUUUUUUCAAAUUAUUUGUUUGUUAAGUAUUCUGAGAAGAGAGUCUUUCCACAAACACGCUCUCACUCUCUCAAAGUAUCAAAAACAGAAGAGGGAGCGAGAGGGAAACGCACAAUCAAGAACGUUGACGAUUUAGGUUUAAACAGAGGUAAAAUCAGUUCACCCUUCCCAGGUAUAAGAGCUUAAAACUGAUAGACAACAAGCGUUACAAAAAAAACACACGUGAAUUUCAGUUCUCGAAAUCGGCUAGCCAAUUAUAGCAUGAUAUUAAACUCUCACACACACAAACAAAUACACGCGCGUAUAAAAUUUAACACACUCUCUUACACGACCCUUUUUAGGCUAAAUCUACAAACUUCGAAAGGUUCGAUGACGAAAAAGGCGAAUUAGCAAAAAGUGUCAAGCUUUGUAGGGGGUUUUAAAAAAUAUGUGGGAGAUUUUUAGCUUGUGUAAUUUUAUAAAUUACAGAGAAACGGCGACGAUCGUGCGUGAAAUUUGUGCACUAAAUAAUUAUUGAAACAUUAGAAAAAACGCGAUAAACAUUUUUGACGGAAAAAUUAAAUCCCUUUACCGAAAAAGAUAAAAAGAAAAAUCGAACAUGAUCUCAGCAAAAGAAAAACAAUUGAAACAGGAGACAAACAACAACAGCCUACAGCAAAACACAAAUACAAACACCGCCAACAGAGAACAUGAAAACAAAAAGAAGAAACUCGCGAAACGGACAAAACCAACUGCCAUACAGAUGAGAUGAUGAAAUAAAUGAUGUGAACGUGAGCGAACGCGAGAAAGAGAGCAAACCUGUGAGUCAAGAAGGUUGAUGACGAUGAUUUUUGCACGAUUGCGAACUUCAGCGAUGACGCGAUAAUUUACGCGUUAUCGCUAGCGUUGAAAAUUUAAUAAAUAAAAGUGUCUCAGGUAUUGGAGAUAUUUUUCGCAUAAAAUCCAGAUCCAGAUCCAAAUCUAGCCGUUUUAUAAAAAAAUCAAAUGGUAACAAUUUGGUGUUGUGCCCUUUUCAAAUAUUUAUGUCAGCGAUUUAUAAAUAAAUUUAAUAACAUUUAAAAAGCUUUCAUUUUUUCACAAUUGAAUAGUUUUCAAGUUUUUGUUUAACUCUUUGUAAGCUUUAGCCGAGCUGCCGUGGCCGUGAGGUUACGGGUUUCGCCUUGUAAGCGGAAGGUGAUGGGUUCGAUUCCUGUCUGGCUCGGCGAAGUCAAAUCCCUUAAAAGAGUAAUUCUUCUCACUGGGAAUACUGACCGGUAGGGGAUGGGUUUCGACUAGCGGCGUGCUGUAUUUCCAAUUGGGUACUAAAGCCCUAUGUAAUUUUUUAUGUACAACGGUAAAAAACACGAUUAAAAACCAUUUCUGAUCACUUUUUUUCAUUUUAACGCAAAAAUUUAUUUUUGUCAAGACAACAUUUUUUCGAUGGAUUAACUAUGGUCCCCUUGGAAAGAGCUGUCAAGUAGGAGCUUUUCUGUCAAGAAGGACCGCGGGAUUAAUUUUUCAAAAUUGAUUCAAAAAUCCAUUUUUAACUCUUUGUGGUCGUGCAAUGGGUCAUUGUACUCAGAAAAAUAAGCUUUAUCGCUGUAAACAAUAAUAUCAGCAAUCUAAGCUUCAUUUUAGGACCCAAUUCAGAGAUCGUGAGUUCGAUUCUCGUACCGCAAAGAUGAAGAAGUUUUUGUAAGCUUCUUUAAAAAAAAGCCACAAUUUUACUCUACGCCAUUAUAAAAUCCUCAAAUUUACAUAAUCUGCAAUAUGGGUCCAAACAAAGCGAAAUUUGGUAUGCAUUUUAUUCUCAUCAGUUAUUUUUGUAAAAAAAAAUUUUUAACAAAUACCGUAUUUUUUGAAAAUUCUCAAAUUGUUAUGAAAAAUAUGGAUUUUUUGAAUAUCACAAUUUUUGUCAAAAUUUGACUAUUUUACAAACCAAAAUUAGCUUCGCAUUAAACCCAUAUUGGAAUUUAUGGAAAUUUGAGAGAUUUCGAAAAAAAAUACGGUAAUUUGUGAAAAUUUGUGUAUUUAGCGAAACCAAUUUUUAAAAAAUUAAUAGAUUUAAAAAGUUCGCUUCGUUUGUUCCCAUAUGAAAAUUUGAGUAUUUCAAACAAAAUACAAUUUUUUACAAAAAAAAAAGAUGAAGCGAAAAUGCAUACAAAAUAAAGCUUCAUUUGACAAUCAUAUUGAGAAUUAUUCAAAUUUGAAUAAAUUUUUGAAAGCGGUAUUUUUUGAAAUUUUUUAAUAUUUUACAAAAAGUGAAGUGAAAAUGCAUACAAAAUGUUGCUUCGUUUUACCGAUAUUGAAAAUUAUUAAAAUUUGAGUAUUUUUGAAAAAAAUACGGUAUUUUGCAAAAAGUUGAGUAUUUUACAAAAAAAAAUCACUAAUUAUGCGAAAAUGCUUUCAAAAUUUCGCUUCGUUUGGUACUCAUAUUGCUCAUAUGAAAAAUUUAGUUUUUUCGAAUAGAUACGAUAAUUUGUGAUAAUUUGUGUAUUUUAAAUGGAUCAAAAAAUUCGCUUUGUUUGUUCCCAUAUUGCAAAUUUGGAAAAUUUUAGUUUUUUCGUUUAAAAAAUACGGCAUUUUCGAAAAAAAAAUAAAAUAAAAAACAAAUAUGCAUUCAAAAUAUCGCUUCGUUUCAUACCCAUAUUGCAAAUUAAGAAAAUUUAAGUAUUUAAAAAGAUUGGUAUUCUAUGAAAAUAAAACGGAAAUGCAAACAACUUCUUUUGAUACCCACAUUACAAAUUAUAAAAAGGUGAGUAUUUAAAAAAGUUAUUUUUAUGAAAAUUUUAGUAUUUUACAAAAAAAAACUUUGAUAAAUUGAAAAUGUAUCAAAAAUGCAGCUUCGUUUGUUGCCCAUAUUUCAAAUUUGAAAAAAUUGAGUAUUUUUGAAAAAAAAUCGGUAUUUUGUAAUUUUUGUUAAUCUAUUUUGCAGCUGAUUGUGGAUUAAGCUGAUAGCUGGAUUUUGUACACCCUUACCAAAAAUCAUGAUUUUCUGAGUUCAAUAUCCCAUCUUCAUACGACCGUUGGAAACAUUCAUGGAUAGGCCUAGGGAUGCCCAAUUGGUGUGCAAAAGUUCAAUUCAAAGAAAUGAAAUGGAUGUCAAUUUUUGUCUUUAAUCACUUCUCCAUCAUCAAAAAUACAUUCUUGCUAAUUUUGUAUCAUGUUGGCAAAAUAAUAUUGUUCUUGAAAAAAGUAUCGAUUUUUAUUAUUUGACCACUGCUCCGAUUGUUUGUCAACAAAGCUGAUGGUGAGACGAAGUGAGGGGAGAGAAACUAAAAAAAUAACUCAAAAUCAACUUGAAUGCUGCUUGAAGCUUUGUUAGUGCGAUGUCAGACAGGGAUCGCAGCAACCGAUGGACGAUACUCGAUUGGCAGCUCGAUCAACUUGAUGAUCGUUUGCGCAAGAGUUUGCGUUAGUUUGAUUGUAGAUGGGGCUUAAAUAUUUCAAAAUCUACGUGAACAGUGACAGUUGAUUGUUUUCAACUCAAGUGAUUACGCUCUUAUGAGAACAUUCUCAUUUUAUGCGUAAAACCGUAAUUUUUGCAGUGGACCCUGAAAGUUUUUUGAGUUUUGAAGAUUUAUUUACUAAUUUUUCAUUUUUCAUGGAAAUAUAAAACAAAUGGACAAGUUGACAUAUGGCGAUGGAUCUGGAACGUGUUGUAAAAGUAGAGAAAUUCGUUUUGUCAGAUUGUUUAAAAUUAAUUGGAAAUCCAUUUUGAAUUGUUCUGUGGUCGCACAGAUUGACCCAAUUGCACAUAAUUUCAACGCCAGCGAUAACGCCACCGUCAACGUUAUCGCUAAACGUGAGCAAUCAUGUCAUCGUUCAACAACCCUUGCGAAUGCCAAUGUAAUUUUCCUUCUAUGUAGUUACUUUUGAGUAAUUUUUCAGUUUUCUGCAUUUACCUCCAAUGAAAAAAAAAAAAAAAACAACCAUCAACCAUCGGACACCGCCAAAUUGAGCGAGAGCUGACGAAACCAAGUUACACACAAAAGCAACAAUCAUCCAAAAGUAAUUAAAAGAGAUAAAAAAAAAUGCAACGAUUUUCUCCUCAAUUUUGGAAGGGAAAUGGGAAACAUUUUAAGCAAUUUACAUGUUAUUUUUCAAGAUUUUGAUUUUGGAACAAGCCAACCUUAAGCAGCUCAUCAAAGAUUAAUUUUUAUUUUUGAGAGGAUUAGAGCAAAGGGCAAAAAUUGAAACAAGAGUUUUUCCUUGUGUAAAUUAUAUAAAAAAAACUAGUAUACCGUCGCAGCUAGCCAACCGCAGAAUCAGAAUCGUAAAAAUGUGUACUAAUAACUUUAAAUUGGAGUUUAUUUAAGUGUAACGCUUAUAUAUUUUAAUCGUUAGGAUGGUAAAUCUAGUAGAGAGAGAGGAAAGCAGUGGCGAAAUGUGUAAUUCGGCAAAUUUAUUGAUAAAGUAAAAAUCAACAAAUCAUACUGGGACGAAACCUUUUUCAUCAUUAAUUUAAAAGAAACAAAACGACGCGAAUCAAACCUGUACAGAUUUUUCGAUGAAGCGAAAGUAAAAAUAAAAUUUGCAUAAAAAAAAAGAUUCGCAGCAAACACUUUGAAUAUUGACAAAAAAAAGAAGAAAAAAAAACGUACUUUAAGUAUACCGCGAUAAUCGAGUUAAGGUAAAAGUCUCUUCGUACUUCGUGUUGUGUUUUUUCCCCUUAACUGCUGCAGCCAUUUUCUUAAAA